GCGACGCGCAAUUUCGUAGAGGCGAAAGCGAGGAGGACCUGUGGAGGGACCUGUAUGAGAGGAAGGCGAGCCGGAGAGGAUGAUGGGAUGGCCGUGACAACAUGAAAAAGAAAAAGUGCGGUGGUCUAUUUUCAUCCAGCCAGUGAUUCAACCCAACUAACCUGGGGGACAGGCACUGAGAGAGAAGAGGUAGGAGACAGGUGCCUGGCCACAUCCGUGACCAUGGAGCCACCCCCCUCUCUGAGCUUGGCUCUGCUAGGAGGGAGCGAGGAUGAGGACCAGCGCUUCCUCCUUCCCCUGGGCAGUAUAUCCCAUCCCUCCGCCGCUGGCAACCAGGCAGGAUCGAACCACUCCAACCACAUGGGAGGAUCAAGCCUCGACCGCCUAAAUGGCAGCACCCCGUCCCCGUCACCCGCCACGCCCAACCUGCCUCCAGCAUCGCUCCCCAAGUUGCCCCUGUCAACCUCCGGAGCCCAGCCUCUGCCCCCACCCAUCCCCAACGCCCUGCACCCCACCAGCACCCCACUAUCCUCCUGCCUGGGCUCACAGCACAGCCUGAGUGGGGACAACUCCCCUGUCUACAACGCCCUCUUUUACUCCUCCCACUCGCCCUCCAUGGAUCGGGAGAGGGACAGAGAGCGCGAGAGGGACAGGGAGAGAGAGAGGGGCUGCAAACACAGACAGGCCAGCCCGCUGGUCCACCGCAGGGACAGUAACCCCUUCACGGAGAUCGCCAUGAGCUCCUGUAAGUACACAGGCGGGGUCAUGAAGCCCCUGAGCCGCCUCAGCGCCUCCCGCAGAAACCUCAUUGAAUCAGACAGCAGCAGCGAAACCAAAGAGGCCGGUGUUUCAGCUGUUGCCGGGGCGACGACCGCUGGGGGGCAUGACCGACAGCGAGAAGCCCCUCCUACCUCCUCGGUGGCCCACUCUUCUACCAAUCAACCCCCAAUCCAGAGCCCUCCGGAGAUUGUGAUUUCAUCCAAAGAAGACUCGCCAUACCCCAGAGCAGGGUAUGACAUCACCGACUCCACAUCCAACCAGAUGUCCAUCUACCACCAGAACCACGCGUUGGUGGAGAGCAGGCGGGCGCAGCCAGGCACAGGCAGCAGGCAGGGUGGGGUCGGGGCGGUGGGCACCGGGGCCAGGGGCAGCACCUCCAAGGCCUCCAAACGGAAGAACCAAAACAUUGGUUACAAACUGGGGCAUCGCAGGGCGCUGUUCGAGAAGAGAAAGCGGCUGAGUGACUAUGCUCUCAUCUUCGGGAUGUUUGGCAUCGUUGUCAUGGUGAUUGAGACGGAGCUGUCGUGGGGCGUGUACACCAAGAGCUCCAUGUACUCUCUGGCCCUGAAGUGUCUGAUCAGUCUGUCCACAGUCAUCCUGCUGGGCCUCAUCAUAGCCUACCAUGCACGGGAAGUUCAGCUGUUUGUCAUCGACAACGGAGCAGACGACUGGCGCAUUGCCAUGACCAUGGAGAGGGUCCUGCUGAUCGCUCUGGAGCUGCUGGUGUCUGCGGUGCACCCAGUGCCCGGGGACUUUAAGUUUCAGUGGCGGGCGCGGCUGGCCUUCUCAUACGCGCCGUCGCAGGCCGAGGCUGACCUGGACAUGGUGCUGAGUGUGCCCAUGUUCCUGCGCCUCUACCUCAUCGCCAGAGUCAUGCUCCUGCACAGCAAACUCUUCACUGAUGCCUCCUCCAGGAGUAUAGGUGCCCUAAAUAAGGUGCAUUUUAACACGCGGUUUGUAAUGAAAACCCUCAUGACUAUCUGCCCCGGGACGGUGCUGCUGGUCUUCAGCAUCUCCCUGUGGAUCAUCGCCGCCUGGACCGUACGAGUGUGCGAGAGGUAUCAUGAUGCCCAGGAUGUGACCAGUAACUUCCUGGGAGCCAUGUGGCUUAUCUCCAUCACAUUCCUGUCCAUCGGCUAUGGAGACAUGGUCCCUCACACCUACUGUGGCAAAGGAGUCUGCCUGCUCACAGGAAUCAUGGGCGCAGGCUGUACGGCGCUGGUGGUUGCUGUGGUAGCCAGGAAGCUGGAGCUGACCAAGGCCGAGAAACACGUACACAACUUCAUGAUGGACACGCAGCUCACCAAGAGGAUAAAGAACGCAGCGGCUAACGUGCUGAGGGAAACCUGGCUCAUCUACAAACACACCAAGCUGAUGAAGAAGAUCGACCACUCCAGAGUCCGCAAACACCAGCGGAAGUUCCUCCAGGCUAUACAUCAAUUACGCAGUGUGAAAAUGGAGCAGAGGAAACUCAGUGAUCAGGCCAACACACUAGUGGACCUCUCAAAGAUGCAGAGCGUCAUGUAUGAGCUCAUGUCGGAGCUCAACGACCGCAGCGAGGACUUGGAGCGCCAGAUGCUGUCCCUGGAGGCGCGGGUGGAGCAGCUCACCGCCGGCUUCAACACCCUGCCUGCCCACCUCUCGGCCACCCUCAGCGCCCAGCACGCCGCCCUGGUCCACUUGCUCCGAGAGAGGGACUCAAGGGAUGGUAGAGGAGGUGGUGGUGGAGGAGGAGGCGCUGUGGUCCCACUGUCCCCAGCCUCCUCUUUAACCACUGCUCCAGCUUCAGUUUCUCCAGUCCAGGUCCCAUCUCCAGCACCGCCUCUGUCCCAGGCCCCUUCCUUGGCCCUGGAGUCCCCUCUGUCACCCCCACCACUGAGCCCAGAGGGGAGCCUGGAGGCUAGUCCCAACCUCAACACCUGCACUUCUAGCUGCUGAAGACAGCUCUGAGGAGCACGAGUGGACAAAUAAGGAGAGAAAACAGGGAGAGAGAGAGAGAGAGAGAGAGAGAGAGAGAGAGAGGAGAGAGAAUAUGUGAGGUGAUCCUCAGAAACUAGCGCUCCAUGAGAGAGGGAUGAAGACGGAACUAUGAGGAAAAAAUAAUGGGAUUAAGAUGGAGUGCCUGUGUGAAUGAUGAGACAUGUUAGGGACUUUGGGGCUCUUUCCUUGACGGGGUAAGGAGAAGAAGAAUGGAGAUAAAAUGGAGACUCUAAAAGGUGCGAGGGGGAGGAAGAAUGUCAAGAGGGUGAGAAAUGGAGGUAGAGAGGACAAGGAGGGGGAAGGAGAGAGGAGGAGAAAUAACGAGGAAUAAUUAUAUGAACUUGAAGCUCCUAAAUGGAAUCCACUCCAAUUACUGAAAAAAGGGCCUUUUAUUCUCUAUCUUUCUCUCCCCCUCUUUUUCUGUCUCUCUCUCUCUCUCUCUCUCUCUCUCUCUCUCUCCUUCCUCCCCCCUCUUGCAAUCUCUCUCUCCCUUCAUCAGGAAUUAAUGACCAUGACUUUUUAUCCUUAUGAUGUAUUUUCUAUCUGAAUGCUAAUUGUGUGUCAACGAGCAUCCCUUUAACAGAAGGUUCGAUCAAUACGACCAUGAUUUAAAAAAAAAAAAAAAAGAACUAGUGGCAUGCACACACACACAUACAUACACACACACACAACUUAUAUCUCACACCAUCCACGCAAUACAAGUUAACACAGCACAAAACGUGAAUACUUUUCAUGACGCAAGCCCUAUUUACACUCACACAAAUACAUUAACGUAGUAGCCCACAACGUAAUACUAAAGCCUAUACUGCCAAGCACUCAAUGCACUGUCAAUCUCCACAGAGCACUGCCAAGCAAUGUAGACACACUGUAAAAAAUGUUCAUCCAAACGACUUAUCUUUUGUGGAUGUGAGCUAAUGCAGUAGUUUAGGCCUACGAUGCAGAGUUGUGACAUUUUAACUACUCGGUUGGGAGAAUCGGAAGUGUUCACUGAACAACACGAACUACACAUCGGGCGGAAAUAAGCCGGUAUGACACUGAAGGGUGUGAGUCAUCAGAACGUCUGUUUGUGAUGGAGACAAUAGCAGAUGACAGUCCGACACAACCACAACAAGGCUUUAUUACUGCAUUAAUUGAAUUACCGAUUGAGUUGAUGUUUUAAGUGUAUUUGUGGGUUUGGUUUGGUUUCAUUUCUGUGAACGUUUCUUACGAAAACCUCAGAAAAUUUACAACAAAAUGAAAUACUAGGUUUGAGACGGGAGCAUUUGUUGAAGUGGCAUUUCGAUUUGUUUUGAUUUUGAGGAUGAUAUCACAACUGACAGAGCCCUGCACAAGCUUAAUGCUCCACAUUUUAUGUUAUUAAAUUAACUGGAGACUAUCUACCCAGAGGUCUGCUGCAGACAGUUAAAAUAACAGUCAAAACGUUGUCCAUCAAUAAUAAAUGAUCUGCUUAUUCUCUUACUGAAAGGUGGCCCGAAGACAGAGGAGUCAGAUUGACUGGGAUGCUGUAGUGUUUGUUUGCUUUCAUUCUCUGAUAAAAUGUAGAAUUACAGAAGAAUA